AUGAACCCGUUUGACGAUUACUCAAAAGACGAGCUCGAGCAGACACUCACCAACGCACAGUCAGUCGACAAGCGCGAGGGCCCCUGCCUCAACGCGAGGCGUUCGUGCGGGGAAACAAGCUCUCGAGGUGACAUCCUUGUGCGCCCCCGGCUGACGAGCCCCGCGACGGAUACGCGGAUCCAGAAGGCACUGUGCAGCGACGUUAGGCGGGCGGAAACCACGGUCCUCGUCGUCACGCAUCGCCUCCCGACGGCUAAAGACUGCGAUGUCAUCCUCUUCUUUCACGAACGCAAAGUUAGAGGUUCUUGGAGCGAACCUUGA